GCUCGGCGGCGGCGGCACCGCGGCGGGAAGGGGCGCGGGAGCCGCGGCCCGGUGAGGCGCCUCGGCCCGGCCCGGCCCUCGGCGGGCAGCGCAGCGGCGGCGGCGGAUGUGCUGCUGGGGCGGGGGGAUGAUGCUGGCGGGGCCGCAGCUGGUGGCGGGGCCGGCGGCGGCGGGCGGGGAGCGGGCCCGGCUGCUCUCCCUGUACGUGCAGGAUUACCUGGAGUGCGUGGAGUCGCUGCCGCUGGACAUCCAGCGCAACGCCUCGCUGCUGAGGGAAAUGGACACGCAGUGCCAAGAAGCGUUAAAAGAAAUAGAUGAUGUAUAUGAAAAAUACAAGGCAGAAAACGAUCCCAUUCAGAAGAAACGCUUGCAGCAGCAUCUUCAGCGUGCGUUAAUCAACAGCCAAGAACUUGGAGAUGAAAAAAUUCAAAUAGUUACUCAGAUGCUAGAACUGGUAGAGAAUAGAGCCCGGCAAAUGGAAACACACUCUCAGUGUUUUCAAGAUCUGUCUGAGAACGAAAAGCCUCUAGAAAAGGCAAAGAUGGAGUCCUGCCAGCCAGAGAGAUCUUCACGUAGACCUCGUCGCCAGCGAACCAGCGAAAGCCGUGAUCUGUGCCAUAUAGCGAAUGGUAUCGAUGACUGCGAUGAUCAGCCACCUAAAGAAAAAAGAUCUAAAUCUUCCAAGAAGAAAAAACGCUCCAAAGCCAAACAAGAGAGAGAAGUUUCACCUGUAGAAUUUGCAAUUGAUCCCAAUGAACCGACUUACUGCUUAUGCAACCAAGUGUCUUAUGGCGAAAUGAUAGGAUGUGAUAACGAACAGUGUCCUAUCGAGUGGUUCCACUUCUCGUGUGUUGGACUCACCUACAAACCAAAGGGGAAAUGGUAUUGCCCCAAGUGCAGAGGAGACAAUGAGAAAACGAUGGACAAAUGUACUGACAAAUCAAAAAAGGAUAGAAGAUCGAGGUAGUGAAAGCAAUUCGUGUUUUAAAGAGUUGCUCCUUUUAUAUUAAAAUGUUUAAUUUCCAGAGAAAGCUGUUUUAG